AUGGCGUGCUGCGGGAAGAACGGCAGCAACUUGGGGUGGGCCACCCCAUUGGACGCGUUCAACAGCGGAGAGGAUGGGCGUGAAGGCCUGUUGUAUGUUAUCGCAGUCGUCCCUGAUCACAGCCGUAAGUUCAUCCCACCCUCUUGCCUGCCACAGCCACUGGUACGAGUAGCAGAACGCAACAUAUUGGCUACUGCAGGCCCUGACUACCUGGCCACGAUCGACGCAGACCCUGAGUCAGCGACAUACUCACAGGCAGGACGAAUUGUGAUCGCGCGCACCCCAGUGCCCUACAAAGGCGAUGAGCUGCACCACUCCGGCUGGAACGCCUGCUCCAGCUGCUUCGGCGACAAGAGCGGCAAGGCACGCAAGUAUCUGGUGACGCCGGCGCUGGCCAGCAGCAGGGUGUACGCCUUUGAUGUGGCCACCGACCCGCGCAAGCCCUCUCUGGCCAAGAUUGUGGAGCCGGAGGAGAUCAAGAAGACUGGCCUCUCCUACCUGCACUCCUCCCACUGCCUGGCUGACGGCAACGUGAUGAUCAGCGGCAUGGGCGACCCCGAGGGCAACAACAAGGGCGGGUUUGUGCUGCUGGACGGAGAGACGUUCAAGGCGAGGGCUGCAGCUGAUUCUACGUGGUCCCAGGACACGACUGAGUUUGGUUACGACUUCUGGUACCAGCCCCACCACGAUCUCUUGGUGUCCACCUCCUGGGGCGCCCCCUCCGAGUUCUUCAAGGGCUUCAACCCGGCAGAGGUGGCCACCAAGUAUGGCGACCAGCUGUACAUCUGGAGCUGGAAGGAGCGGGAGCUCGUCCAGAAGAUCAGCCUGGGCAGCGAUGGCCUCAUCCCGCUGGAGACCCGCUUCCUGCACGACCCCUGGAAGGCGCAUGGCUACGUGGGCGCCGCGCUUUCCUCCAACGUCAUUCACAUUUCCAAGGAGGUGAAUGGAUCCGUGAGCUGGAAGACCAACGUGGCCAUCAAGCAGCCCUGGGUCAAGGUGGAGGGCUGGGUGCUGCCCGAGAUGCCGCCCCUUAUCACCGACAUCCUCAUCAGCCUUGAUGACAAGUACCUGUACUUCUCCAACUGGCUGCGUGGCGACCUGGUGCAGUACGACAUCUCCGACCCCGCCAACCCCAAGUUCAGCAACCGCAUCUGGCUGGGAGGCUCCCUGCGCAAGGGCGGCCCCGUCAAGGUUAUUGAGGGGCUGCCUGAGGACAGCCCCGAGCAGCCCGAGGUGCCCACUGUGAAGGGCGUGGAGCUUCAGGGAGGCCCCCAGAUGAUCCAGCUCAGCCUGGAUGGCCGGCGCCUGUACGUCACCAACAGCCUGUUCAGCCCCUGGGAUCACCAGUUCUAUCCCGACAUGCCCAAGAAGGGCUCCCAGCUGAUCCGCGUGGAUGUGGACCUGGAGAAUGGCGGCGCCCUCAGCCUGAACCCCGACUUCUUGGUGGACUUUGGCGCAGAGCCGGAGGGCCCGGCUCUGGCGCACGAGACGCGCUACCCAGGCGGCGACUGCAGCUCUGACAUCUGGGUCGUGGAGACAGACCCAGCAUAUGCGGAGAAGGUGGCGGCAUCGUAG